GCCGAGACUGGCGGAUUGACUGGUUCCUUCUGGGUUCCUCCAGAUCGCAACAAACAGACGGAGGGAGCGAGGGAGCGGAGCGCCCGGGGAGCGGAGACCACGGCCGCAGGCUCAGUGUUUGCCGAGGACGAACGAGCGAGUUUCCUUAGAAGAAGAGCUUGGACGGUAUGCAAAGUUGUGAAAUAUCUUCAGACAGUGCAGAUGAUCCUCUCAAUCGUGGCUCACAGGGAAAGCGACAACCUCGAAUAGUAGUAAUUGGUGCUGGUCUCGCUGGCCUGUCUGCUGUCAAACGACUUCUGGUGAAUGGGUUCACUGAUAUCACUAUUCUAGAAGCAUCAGAGCGAAUCGGAGGCAGAGUCCAAAGUGUUAAACUCGGCUGUGCUACAUUUGAUCUUGGAGCAACUUGGAUUCACGGUGCUCAUGGGAACCCGGUUUAUCAGCUAGCAGAAGAACACGGACUUCUUGAAGAAACUACAGAUGGGGAACGCAGUACUGGCCGUAUCAGCCUCUACUCCAAGAAUGGGGUUGCACACUACUACACCAGCAGUGGUCAGAGAAUACCCAAGGAUAUCAUUGAAGAAUUCAGCGAUGUAUACAACGAGGUCUACAACCUGACACAGGAGUUCUUCCAACGGGGGAGGCCCGUUGGUGCAGAAAGCCAAAACAGCGUUGGCGUUUUCACAAGAAAUGGGGUGCUCAAGCGCCUCAAAGCACACCGCGAUGACUCGGGAAUCAGCAAGAAGCUGAAGCUGGCGAUACUCCAGCAGUUCUUGAAGGUUGAAAGCUGUGAGAGCAGUUGUCACAGCAUGGACGAAGUGUCCCUGAGUGAGUUUGGUGAGUGGACGGAAAUUCCCGGCGCCCACCAUGUCAUUCCAAGUGGCUUCAUUAACAUAGUGGAGAUUCUGGCACAGGAUAUCCCCAAGUCGGUCAUCCAGCUGACCAAGCCAGUGAAGCGCAUUUACUGGAAUGGCUCGUUCAAGAAGGAGAUCCACUGUAUCAACAGCACCUUCCUCAACCACAACCUUGAUGGCCAGGAGGAAGAGGAGGAGGAGGGCUACCAGGUGUGGGUGGAGUGUGAGGAUGGAGAGUUCAUCCUGGCUGACCAUGUGAUCGUCACCAUGUCACUCGGCGUGCUGAAGAAAUACCACGAGACCAUGUUCCACCCUCACCUCCCAGAGGAGAAGGUCUCGGCAAUUCAGAUGCUGGGGAUCAGCACCACGGACAAGAUCUUCUUGGAGUUCGAAGAGCCCUUCUGGAGCCCCGAGUGCAACAGCAUCCAGUUUGUGUGGGAGGACGACGCAGAGAACGAGAGCCCGGUGUACCCGCAGGACCUGUGGUACAAGAAGAUCUGCAGCUUCGACGUGCUGUACCCUCCCGAGCGAUAUGGGCAUGUGUUAAGUGGCUGGAUCUGUGGGGAAGAAGCCAUCAUCAUGGAGCGAUGCGAUGACGAGACGGUGGCAGAAACAUGCACAGAGCUACUGCGAAAGUUUACAGGAAAUCCGCACAUUCCAAAGCCCCGGCGUAUCCUGAGGUCCAGAUGGGGCAGUAACCCUUACAUCCGUGGCUCAUACUCCUACACUCGAGUUGGAUCAACAGGAGCAGAUGUGGAGAAACUUGCAAAGCCACUCCCUUAUCCAAAGAGCACAAAAGCACCUCCUAUGCAGAUUUUAUUUGCUGGGGAGGCAACUCACAGAAAGUUCUACUCAACUACACAUGGUGCUUUACUUUCUGGUGAGCGUGAGGCUGGGCGACUCAUAGAAAUGUAUCGAGACCGCUACCAAGGAAGAGAAGAUGAGAAGACUAAUAUCUGAGAUCUUACACAGAUUGGAUGAAGAUUGUGUGAUUAACGUAUCUUUUCUUAAAGUAGGGUGUUAUAGUCUGGUUUAAUAAGGGGGAUGUUAAAAUCAUUUUAACUGGAUAUAUACAAGAUAACCACAUUCUAGUAAUGCUUUUGGUCAUAUAAAUGUUUACACUUAUGUAAUAGUUUAAUUUUAAAAUUAAUGCACUUCUAACCUCAGAUUGAUUUUCUGCAAAUUGAAUGCCUUCCUUUACUAACAAUCCAGUGCAAUGCUUUUGGGAUAUACUAUAUUGCUGAGGUACCGUUUUUUAGAUCAAUGUUAAGUGCCAUCUGCCUUCUCAAGCCAAUGCGUUGUACUGAGGUAGGAUUAAGUGAACAUGUGCUGAAGUUACUGCAAUGCGAUGAGUGGCACCUCCCAGAGGCUGAAAAUAUUGGUGAGCCAGGUAGCAUCCGUUGAAGACCAAGAGAUGGCAGAUGUUGGAGUCUGGAGAGAGAGAGAAACAUAAGUCCAAUCAGCUGGGGGAUCUCAACAGGUCAGGCAGAAUCUGUGGAAAGAAAUGGACAGUCGAUGUUUUGAGCUGAGGCAUCAGCUCCUCCCCAAAACAGCUAAAUCUUUGCAUCAGUUGUAAACAGCGAAAAAUGGAUGGGUUGUGUAUUUCUGUGCUGGAGCAUAAAAGUUCAGAGGUUUAUGUUCCACCUCAGUGAAUCCAGUUUUCCAGUGACUUUUGGAAGGGUACUGAAUCCCAGAUCUAUCCCUCUAAUAAUACUGUCAAAUUGGGGUUAUCACUAAGGGGUUUGUCAUAUCUCCACAGUUUGUUCUACCUUAACUACAGGAUGCAACUGGUCUUGGUCCUGCACUGACUUGCUGAGGCCCUCCAGCAGCUUGUUCUUAGCAUCUGUUGAGAGCUCCAGAACCCAGUCUAUCUUAAUAUUUCUCAGUGAUUUGGAAGAGCCGAAUAUCUGAAUUUACUGACAACACCAAAUUAGAUGGCACAGCAAAUAGGGCAGAUGGGAGAAUAAAAUUGUAAAGGGACUUUGAUGGAUUAAGAGUAAAUAUUAGCUUCAAUGUUUAACUCCAGGAAAAUAGUUUGGAGCAUUGUGGGGAUGAUGAGAAGCUGAGAGCAGGAGAUGCAUUAGGCCCAAGUUUGGAAAUUAUUCAAAGCCAGUGAACUGGCACAAAAAAUAAUAGUGGUUUUUAUCACAAAGGAGUUAAUAUGCAAGGGCAGCAAGUUAUCUUAGUUAUGUAAUGUUCUGGACGUUUCCAGUUGGAGAUUUAUGCUCAGUUCCGGUCCUUGGAAAGGGUGCAGAGCAGAUUCAUUGUGAUUCCAUCUAAUACAUUUGAACCACGAAGACUAGUAGUAAAGUGGUCUCAAAUAAAUAACAAGGUUACAGGCAGCUAGUUGCAGUAUUUAAGAUGAUUCUAGAAGUUGAAAGGGUGAACAAAGGGAAAUGAUUACUCCAGUGGUUAAGUCCAGAUCAAAGGCUUUAUAGCUUAAAGUUAAAGCUACAUCAAUCCGAUUGGAGAAGUACUUCAUCAUAGAAGUGCCAGUGUAAAUCUGAAAUUGCCUUAAAUAACUAAAGACACUUAAGACAAAUAUGAUGAAGUGGGAAUUUUGUAAGGUGAAGAAGUUAGACAUGUGGACUUCAGACUGGGCAUUGGACUUAAGUUACAGAUCAGGAAGAUUUGAAUAUCACAUCAGGUCCUAAUCUCUGAAGUGUUUGCUUCUGUUCCCAUUCUAUUUCAAAUCUGGUGGUGGCCUUGCUAACACUUAAUCCAAAAGGAAAAUCACUGACAAAGGGUACCAUUGUUGUACGUGGGACCUUGUGUGUAAGUUAGUUACUUCAUUCUCAGUGCUGUGGUUCAAAAAAUGUUUAAUUAGCUUCAGGACAGGAACUGCUGAAGUUAAGAGAAGCUCCAUCUAAUUUGCAUGUUCUUUUUUUCUUUCUCUUCCCAAAUCUUUGCCUCGUCUGGGAACAGAGAGAAUUGGGUUAAAUGAAUCAGUGCUGCAGCAUAGAAGUGCAGUUCAAAUUCCACUCAGUUGAUCCAAUUUUUCAAUGCCCCUCAGAAGGAUUCUUCACCCCAGAUCCCCCUGCUGUUUCAGGGGGGAAAGUGGGUGUAGGGGGAGCAUCUUGUUUAUAAGCAAUGCAAAGGAGAGGCUCUCAGGUACUUUGACUUUCAUUCUUAAGCCGUUGCCAUUUAAAAAUGUCAUCUCAUUCUCUGAAAAAAUAGAUGACUGCACUUAACUCUGGAACGUGGCACACAUGCUAAUCAAUUUGUGUGUGAAACAACAGCAACCCUUUCCAGUUGAUGCAGAGCAAUGUAGGGAGCAAAAGGGAGAGCACUGCCAAUGCAAUAAAACCGAGAUCUAACAAUAAUUUCAUGGUCUGCUGCAAUAUUGGUUAUCUUAUAAUCUCAUAAUGUUAUAUUUUGAUCUGUUAUGCUAUUUUAAUCCAUUAAUGUUAUAUCUUACAUAAUAUUUAGGUUUUGUUUGAUGUGUCUGUGUGCAUUUUUCUGAUCUAUGGAGACUGUUGUAGAGGAAUCUGCAUUUGGGUACAGAUCAGUAUGUAAUUAGGUGCAGAAAUGGCAAAUGUAAUGUGAUGUUUGAGAAAUGUAAAAUAUUGCACAUCAUUCAAAAUAAAAUGGGGUCCAACUCUUGAAUAAA